AUGCAAAACAUUAAACUAUCCGACGGCUGCAACGUCAAAGCCAAGAUCCUUAAUCCAGAAGACAAAGCAAAAAAUCUCCUUCUCGCGUGCCACGGCGCCCCAGGCCUCUCCAAUCACGGCGAGACCGAACUCUGGUGUAGUCCCUACACCGACCUUUUCCGCGUCCUGGUCUUCGACCUACGCGGCUGUGGCCAUUCCGAUCAGCAAGGACCUUAUACCCACGAACGUUGGAGCGCCGACCUCGACGAGCUCAGGCAGUGGGCUGGCGACGAGAAGGUCGUCUUCAUUGGUGCCUCGCACGGCGGGUUCCUCGGGUUAGAAUACGCUCUUCGCUACCCCCAACAUGUCUCCGCGCUCAUCAUCGGCGACACAGCCGCGCAAUUCUCGCACGGAUGCAUGCUCGAGGCGUACAAGACCGCCCUGACGGACCCAAGAUCGAAAGAUGUGGUGGAUCCGGAUCAGCUCAUGCGGCUCUUCACGGGCACCACCACGUCUUUUGAAGACCACAUGGGCGUCUUUGCGGCCAUCUCUCCCUUGUAUGCCGUCCCUGACCACCUUGCCUCUCAAGCUGAAGCCAGCGUCGGCGAGGCACUUUCAAAGAUCAUCAUUCCGAUCCCAGAGACUAAUCGCGCCGCGCACGAUUACUGUCUUUCGCGGUUUGAUGUGCGAGACCGACUCCAUGAGAUCAGAGUCCCGACAUUCGUGUUCAGCGGCAGGUUCGAUUGGAUUUGUCCGCCAAAGUACACUCAGGCCAUCGCGGAUGGAAUUCCUGGAGCGAAGUUUGUGGUGUAUGAGGCAAGUGGGCAUCUGCCCGCGAUAGAGGAGAAGACCAAGUUUGAGAAAGAUCUUCGAGAGUUUUUAAAGGGGGCAAGGAUUCCUGGGCUCGAUGUAUGA